CUGUGUAUUUAUUAAUGUUAUGUUUCUGGGGUUGUUAUUGUGGUACGCAUGUAGUUGAAUGUGGUAGUGGGGUGUUUUGAUUUUUAUCAAUUCUCCUCUACUACUGUUGUGUACUUAUAUAUAACAAAUAUAUGUGGGGAUUAAUAAACUUCCGUCAUCCAUGUUCCCAUAGCGAUACUCAUUACGCUCAUCUGCUAGACAUCAGCCGUAUCAACAGGUAUGGCUCAUUUUUAAUUCCGGGUCAUUACUCAUAUUAACGCAUAUAAUGUAGCGUAGUUGACAUGAAAUUUUUUUUUUUUUUUUUUUUUGUCUUAUAUUACCAUUUUAGCUAUUUGAAAUGGAUGACCCAGAAGACACGAGCCGGGAUAAUGUGCUUUGAGGCGAUGCCACGGAGGAGAUAUUCAUCGACAUGCUCUACCAGGACGCCCUUCAAGGUAGAUUAAAGGGCGGAAAGAUAACGUUUAGAGAGCAUGGAGUUUAUGCACAGCGACUCACCGCUGUUGGGAAGAAAGUGUUUGACGGGAACCAGGUUCGUGGAAAAUUGACGAGGUUGAAGGGGAUGCAGCGCUUGUUUACCGAUUUGUUGAGCCAAACUGGUAUGGGUUGGGAUCCCGACACAAAGACAGUAGUCGCGAGUGACGAGUGUUGGGAAAAUGCCAUUAGGGUUAAAUCGAAAUGGGGGAGGUUUCGUACUUUUGGCUGCCCAAAGUACGAGGAGUUGUGCACCAUAUUUGGCGCUUCAGUUGCAUACGGGACUAUGCAACACGCAUCAACACAGCUACCCGCAGAUAGCGACGAGGAGUGGCGCCUGGAUGAGGAGAUGCGAGCUCGACGCCCUCCCGCACUAGGCCAUCGACAAGGAUUGCCCAUUGACAAUGAUGGCUUUAUUGACUUGAUGGGGAUCGGGUCACCUUCAGUCGAUGCAGUGACACAAUCAUCACGUAGGCCGAAGACAAGAAAGAAGAGCGAUUUUGAGGUGCAGCUUUCUGAGGCCGUGGAGGAGGUGAAACUGACGCAGAGAGCGAGGCGUAAACGAUAUGAGGAUCAAGAAGCUGUGGAAUCAUCGAAGUGCAGCAAAGAGUCACAGCCUAGUGAUGGGACCAAUGGGGGGUAUGAUCCGAUUAAUCAUUGUGCGACGUUGCUCAGCGAGCUUUCCCCGAGGUUGGAGCCAUCCCAACUUGUUCGCGCAAUUAAGGAAUUACUAAACCCAGAUAUGCGACAGUUUUUCUUGUCCUUGGAUGCUGCAGGGAGCGACGAUUGGGCCCGUAAUUGUUAAAGUAGGCUCAUUUUUAAUUGUUAGGUUAUAUUUUCGAUGGCAUUGUCACCCUUUAUUUUUCAUGAGACCAUUUGUAUUCCUUUGAUGAGUUUAUAAACAGCUACUUUUCCAAUGUGGGUUGUCUGUUUGAUUUGUUGUAAUCUCAUCGAAAUGAGGACGGAUUAUGAAGGCCCUGUUUUAGGCUCUGUUCGGAUUAUGUAUGAUUAUAUUGGAUUAUGUUUAAUUAUUAUAUGGUUAUCGUAAUGCCCCCUUAUUAUUUUGUUAACUUGAGAGAGAUUAUUUACAACUGUUGUAAAGAUAAAAUGUACGAAUUAACCCACUGUGCACAAUGGGAAUUGGUCAGCAGGAAGCUACUCGAUGAACGUGAAUCGAGAUGCAGAUGAUAUGUUCCCUAAUGUGUGUUGGACUGAUAGUAGUGAAGAUGACCUUGCAAUUGAUGAUCUUGAGACACUCGCAUUUCUUGUGAGGGCUGGUAGAGAAGCACAACAACAGCUUAAACAGCCACAACACAAUAUUGGAUUACGGGGACAUCAAUAUAUUUUGAAAGUUUUGAAUGGGAAUCCAAGAAAUUGUCGCGAGUUAUUCCGAAUUGAGGUUGAUGCCUUCCGCGCAUUAUGCAACUUGUUACGUUCAAAUAGUUUUUUGAAGGAUACUAGAAAAGGGCUGACCGUCGAGGAACAAAUAGGCAUGUUCACAUUGGUAGUGGCGGCUGGAGACGAACAACGGAUUGUGGGGCAGCGAUUUCAACAUUCAACGGAAACUAUUAAUGCCCAUGUAAGGAACGUUAUGAAGGCCCUGUGUAGGCUAGGGACACAUCUUAUUUACCCAACUCACACAUCCGGGGUGCACCCAACAAUCGCAGGCAAUCCGAGAAAUUAUCCUUGGUUUGAGGGAUGCAUUGGUGCAAUUGAUGGGACCAUGAUCGACGCUGUUGUACCUGCAGAGGUGCGUGAGGCAUAUCGCAACCGGCAUGGCAAAGUUGCCCAAAACGUAUUGUGUGUAUGUGACUUGGACAUGAAGUUCACAUUCCUGUACACUGGUUGGGAGGGAAGCUCGCAUGAUGCACGUGUAUUCAUCGAUGCAUUGUCUCAGGGCCGCAACGCAUUUCCAAUGCCUCUCGAUGGUCAUUAUUAUCUAGUCGAUUCGGCGUACCCAUGUACUCGAGGAUUUAUGCCCCCUUACCCUAGAGAGAGAUAUCAUAGAAGUGACCGUCAGGGUCAGCGGGGAUUUAGGGGGUAUAAAGAUUAUUUUAAUCAUCGUCAUUCAUGCAUUCGUAACGUAAUAGAACGUACAUUUGGGGUCUUGAAAUCACGAUUUAGAAUUUUAAGACUCAUGCCUGGUUAUAAAGUUGGGAGGCAAGGGGAUCUGAUCAUUGCAUGUUGUACGUUACACAAUUUUAUUAGAAUGACGAGCCCGAAUGACUGGUUGUUCGAGGAGUGGAGAGAUAUGGAGCUCAGUCCAAGCGGUCGUGCAUAUAGCAACGCCGCAAUUUCAAGAAAUCAUCCUGACAUGAUCGUCGAAUCAGCCCGAGCUAUGGCUGCAAUUAGGGAUGACAUUACCAAACGUAUGUGGGAAGCUAGGAGUGGUCAUUGACUUAUAUUGAUAAAUAUUGACAUUAUUAUCAAUAUAAGGGUGUAGUUAGAGAUUCAAAUGUAUUACAAAUUUGAUUUUGGUCUGGCAAUAUAUUACUAAUCUAUAUAGAUAGGGAAGUUUGUAGCAAAUUUAUUUAGAAAUAUGGUUGCUAAUAUUAUAAGCUAUAUACGUAAAUUUAGUUU